UGUCUCUUUCAGCUGCCUGCUCUAUUUAUAAUGACUAUGUACUCUAUUAGACUUCACACUGAAACAUUUACUUUUACACUGUGGGCUGUAGCUUCUGUUGGGCAUUGCAGCAUGGACUUUGGAUGACUCAUACAGUAUGUCUUUCUACAUUUGUUUUAAGACUGAAAUGCUGCCUCUAACCAGUUAUCCACCCUGCAACGCUCCUGUAAAGGUUGUCUAUGGUGAGGUCUGGAGCCUCUCUCAACUACCAUUAAAAUACGAGACGUUUAUAGUUUUAAAGCUCCAUUAGAAAUGUGAGGAGAGAUGCUGUGGACUCCAAUCAGCGGCCGUCUGGCCUCCUGGUUUGGAUGUUUCAGCACCGCGGACAGCGCACAGCCUCGCUCAGCUCCUCUCGUCUUAUUGAUGCUUGAUGAUUUGUGAUUUCCGGAAAGAUCUGCCUGACAAAAACAAGUCCUAGAAGAAACAGAGACCUGGUGGGCUUUUCGUUUUUUUAUUUAGCUCAUAUUAAGAAUAAGAGGAUUAUUUUGUUUCCGCCAAAAAUCAGUUUAAUAACAGGAACACAGGUUACCGCUCGCCUAAAUUAAAUUUCCUCACCUCGCAGUCACUCCUGCAGAAGUGAACUGACUACGAGCCUGAGGGUUUGAAGUGCGUGUAUAAAAAAAGAAAAAAGAAAUCAUUUCAUAUUCCCGAACACCAGUCGCGCUCACGAUUGUUUUGAUCACCCACCAAAAGUCGCUCACUCGCCUUUCCAUUUAACACAACGUCACUGUAAAGUCUCUACGUGGCACCUCAGGCACACUUAUAGCCCCUGUAGGAGUGUUCUUGGGGCCUGCGGGUCAUUGGUCAACAGGACGCUCGAGCAUCUCCGGCUGUAGCAGCCGCCUCCUUCUCUGCCACAAAACCCCGCACACGGCAUUCAAGCCGGAGACUUGGCGGACUGCACUCUCUCGUCAGGAGGAAAAAGGAAAAGCAACAUAAAAAAACUUUUGCUUGGGAGUGAGAUGGGCGGCUAUAGCUGAUCUUGGGUAACGCGAUCAUUGGCUGUAUGGAUUAUCGAUAAGUGCAGUGAGGAAUGCGUUCUUGUCAUUAAUUAUUUAUAUAUUCCUGUAAAGCGGCGGGCAUGCGAGAGAGACGCCGCAGCGGCGAGGAUCGCCCGCUCUGAACCGGAGGAGUCACCGGCAGAUGAUGUCCCGAUGUGAGAGUGCUUCCAGAGGAGACGGAGGAGAGGACGCAGGAGGAUGAAGAGCGGGGGAGAGGGAUCGAGAGCGGCAGAGGUGGAAUAUAAUGAAGUUGAGUGGGAAAGGACUGUGCACCGUCCUCUCCAGCACCCUCCUCUUCGUGUGCGCCCUGAGCGAAGUUGUCGUUGGAUUAAGAUGCGUCUCGUUGGGAUCUACGGUGAAAGCGCAUUUCCACCUCGGCUCCACGGCCGGGGCUUUCUACUCCGGGCUACUUGUGGGAAUCGGGCAGGUCAUGCUGGGAACCGCGCUGGUGUGUUGCACGGACAAGCCCGGCUGCAGGAAUUUCUUUCUCCUCGGUGUUGUGGUCUUCUUGUUGGGGGUCCUCACCGCCUUCUCUGGCGCGGUGGUGGACGGGGACACGGCUUCUCUGGUGGAGAGGAAAUAUUCCCAUUACUGCUUCCACUCUGUGGUGUUGAACCCUGCCUGCGAGCAGCUGAGGGAUUACCAGCGGAGUUUGGUCAUCUCCACUGUUCUCAGCACGUUGGAGUGCCUCCUCGGGCUCAUCAACCUGGUGAUCAUCAAAAGGUACAAAACAGCGCAGUUUUCUAGGAGCAGACAGUGUCAGAGGCAGAGCGCCGGGGCGAUCAUCUUCAGCGAGGAGCGGGACUGCUCCUCGGCGGAUUUCCAGCCGGUGUCUUACAUCAACCUGGGUGUUUUUGGUGUGUUUGACGAGACAGGUGCAGAAGUGCAGUGCGGGGGACACCCGUCAAUCGAACUGCCGGGAUACUCGCCCACGGAUCCGGAGCUCAAUCAUUGCUUCCCUUUCUCCUACCCGCUCCCCAGUGAACUGCCACCCGCAUACGAAGACAUUUUCCCCGCUGAGGCAUGCAACACAUAGCCGCUCUGGAGCAGCCCCGGCAGCGCUUCCCUCUGCUGUGACAAUCAAUGACUUUACGCUUUAAAAAAAAAACAACCCCUUCCUCUUCCUCCUCCAACAACCCAACAAAAAGCAGUAAGUUACACAGGAGGACGGCGGAGUGGAUUUUGUUUUUGCCUCAUUCCUUCUCACUUUUCUUUUACCUCUGCCUAUGCUUAUGUUGAACAUCACCAAUCAGACUGAUGUAGAUAAACACAUCAUCCAGGGCCAGACAGUGCAGGCAGAUCAAGGCCCAUAAAACGCAACAGCUUGCUAAUAUAACAAAAAGCAGAGUUUGUGUUCUGAAUGUUUGCUGUUAACGUUUUUACCUGUGAAUAAACUGUAUUUAACCUCACCUGAAGUCAUGGAGCUGCUGGCAGUUUAGAUUUUGUGCUGGUGUGUUCACUCUAAACUUCGAGCCUAAAGGUUGCGGGCAGACCUCCUCCAGACUCUCAGGAUAGCUGGUGGAGCGUAAUUAAUGAAAGUGUCAUGCACAUCAAUCCAAACGGUAAUUUUAUAAAAUCACGAGAAUUCAUGUAAUCCGCUGGGUAAACACCCGAGAAAAGGCUCCAAAAGGAGUCACAUCUUUUCACGUCAAAGCGGGGAUAAUUUGACAGAGAAACUCUCCUUUGCACGUUUAAUCCCAUCCAAGUGCAAUUUUAGUUUUUACGCACGAUAAAAUAAAUUAUGUCGUAAUUGUUACCACAAAAAAAGCACACACAUUUCUGUAGCUGCUAGUAAAAAGCAAAAAAAACAUGAACAUAUGUGUUUUAACUGUUACAGUUUAUUUGUUCCUUAAUUACUUUGUAUGAAUGUCUUUCUCAGUAGGAUAAAACUUGUGAAAAUACAGUUAAAAGUCUAAAAUCUAUGCCCUCCUAAACCAAAGGCUUACAAUGGGCCAGAUUUCAGACUUUGCUGGCCAAUUCUUACCUUAUGUUUACCCACACUUAAGUAAUGCAUUAGUGUUGCACUCCAAAGAGCAGGGUGACUAAAGAGAAAGAAAGACAUUAUUUUAAAAAAACGAGUAAAGUCUAACAAUCAAGAGCUUCAAACACACAGGAUCCAUAAAGCAGCUGCAAACUUGGAUUUGUUCUACCUUCAUCAAAAGUUACUCCACCCCAUCAGGCUACCUGACCACCCAGUCUGACAUAACUCUGGUGACAUCAUUAUGACAUCAUCAGGGGUAUAUUUUUUUUUAGCCUCUGGAUAGUUUUUCUCAGCUGGCUGCUGAGACCGCAUGAGCUGCCUGAGCUUGAUAUGUAAAAUCUGUGGAAUUUCCUUUUAUAGCAAAGCUUUUGUGAGUGACACAAUAGAUUAUGGUAAUGCUGAUAAUGAGCAUGUCAGGUUCAGGAGGAAGCAGGCACGUCUCAUGCAGUCUGAGCCUGAAUGCGCUUCACUUUCCUUGAUUUUUGAAGUAACAGGCGGGUAAAUGACACAAAAUCUCUCAAUUCAAGGGAUCAGACCAGCUGUCCGGAUGCGAUACAGCCCCAACGCAGUUACUCAUUUUAACCAAUUUAAAGAGUUCAAACUGUGCAGCGCUGCUUCCCAUAUGAUUCCAUGUGAUUGGUCUUGAAAUUAUAUACUUUCUCCAUCCACACAAAUGACUGCAUCGUUUCUCAGCAUGGAUCCUCCCUGGAGAUUGAAAAGCUUUUCAACCACACUAUUACUCAUUUCACUUAACAGCAAGAACAGAGAGAAGACAAAUGACAGAUCUGGCUGUCAUUAUUACAUGCCCACCUUUGGACAACGCGUCUCUGUGGAAAAUUAAAUCGAAAUGCUUCCUUUUCCUUCAAAUUAAAUCCCCUCAAAUGAGCAUCCGCGGCUGAAUGUCUUUCUAGGGGCACUUUGACGAGCACUCUGUGAUGAACAAACUUUAAGAAGUACUUCACUGGCUCAGUGUAAUAAUCCUCCUCUCAUCUUUUUCAAAACUGUGUCAUGAUGCUCUCCACUUACUCAUUCUGCUUAGGUUGGGCUUUGCGUGCCAGAGCUGAAUAGAGGCUAGGAGGGGGGAAAAACAUCCUGCUCUUGUCAUCUCUCUUAGGUUUUCUGCCUGUAAAAUAUGUGGAUAUGACCUAAGAUUAUCUGAACAGCCGAUUGAAGAACAAAAAAAGUCUCCAGGGAGCUGGUGCCCUCAAAGUUUCACAGAGUGUUGGCCAGAAAAGGGGAAAACAGAAGAAGAUCCAAACAAAGCUAAUGGUGUUGGUUCUUUGAAAGUCACCUGCCGUGAGUGUGCAUAAACAGAAAGUUAGCACAGAGAAAAAAGACUUUCAAACUAAAAGAUGAUUUCUCUACCACGAAUAAAGCUGCACGCUUGCGCUCCACGGCAGCAGUACCACACGGGGCUAGAUCAGUUAUGUGGCCCGAAUGUGUUUCAGGUGGUUUUUGACAAGUGUGUGUGUUUUAUUUUUAUUUGAGAGAUUUAAAAGUGCUAUAUGAAGGUUUCUAGCAUUCUCUCUCAGCUCAUAAAACCUCAAAAUGUAGUAAAGAUUACACUACAGGGAGGUGGUGCAAUGAAGCAAUGCUGCUCCUAUUACUUAUUUUUUUAUUACGCACUGUGAUUAUUACUUUAGUGAAAUGGUCGGAUAUUCAAUAACCAGAGUCAAUGAGGUAAAUAAGCGUCAUUUGGUUUGACGUGAAUGCCUCAGAGUUAUAUUGUUAAUGGGCUGAAUGUGGCACAAAUAAACCCAAAAUUUAGAUGGUGGAAUAAACUCCUGUCUGACGGUACUCUGAUCUCCCCUCCUUGUUAAAUCACCAGACCUUCAGUGCAGGCUGUUUGCAUUUACAGAUAUUGGACUGAAGAUUUUUGCCACUUCCAUUUUCUAGCUUAUUGUCUGGUUAGGCAAGGCACAGACAGAGUGCACAAGGUCACUUAUGGCAUAUAUUUAAAAUAGCUUUACAAGUCAAAUUCUACAUAAACAUCCCCACGAAAUGCACAAAACUGAUGAUUUUAUCUUUCAAAUUUGUGGAGCCACAAUUAUGUAGAUACCAGGACUAACAUUUUCUGACAUUUGCUGAUAAAAUCUGCUGCACUGAUAACACAGAGACCAUAUUUGGUGGAUUUCACUCCAGAAAACACGAGUAUUUAAGCAAAGUUUCUUCCAGGAAAGAAGAAUGGCUUUUGUUCACACUGAGGUGAUUAAACGAAAACCGAGCUGUGUCAUGCUUCUGUUCGCUGGCUUAUCAGAUCUGUUUUCUGAGCUGCAAUCAGUGUGCUACACCAUAUUGCACAUAAGUGCAUUAUGAUGUUGCCAAAAGUAAUUAAAUCCCGUUAGUGUCCAGAAGCUAAUUACACAUGGUCGUGGAAGUGUUCCCAUUUCACGGCAUUUCAUACUUUAUAUUGAGCACAUUCGUCAUACAAAAUUAAUGAUGAGCUCACAAGAUAUGACGCUGUGGUAUAAACCGCCCUCUCAAGCAGUGUAAAUAUGAUGCAAAAAUAUGAGCUUUAACUGGACUAACCAAAGCAAUCAGUGACACUUCAGCACUAAUGCAGAGGUAAUCAUUAUCCAAUUAUAUACUGCAACAUUACUGACAUUUUAUGAAUUCAUGAGGCUUUUAAUUUCAAAACUGUUGGAAAAUGCAGCUAAUAAUACACACUGGAAUGUUCAGUGCUUGACAUUUACUCUCUACUAUUUUUACACUGUGGCAUUGCUGUUAUUUAGUAAAAUACUGAAUACUUCUCCACCACUGCAGCCAGCUUGGUAAAUGCUGACUGAACUAAGGGCGAUAUAGUCCCUCAAUCCCUGUAAGGUGAUUAUUAUUUAUUUGCUUGUUAUUAACACAAGAUUAAUAAAAACAACAAUAAUAA